AAUAUAAAAAUAGCAAGGAUGCUGUGCAGUAUCAGAAAUUGCAUGCCGUCUGUGGUGAGACGUAUCUCAUUAUUUCGUCAAAACAAUAAAAGAUACGAGAUAAAUAAUAACAAUGAAUUUGUGAAUAAAGUGAUGAAUGGCACAGUGCCAGUUAUAGUUAAUUUUCAUGCAGAAUGGUGCGAUCCAUGCAGAAUAUUGACACCCAAAUUGAUAGAGCUCAUAGAACCUAUGGAAAAGUUAGAUCUAGCUAUCAUCAAUGUGGAAGAGAAUCCUGAACUAGUACACGUCUUUGAAGUAAAAGCUGUACCUGCAGUUAUAGCAAUCUCGAAUGGCCUAGUUGUAGACAAAUUUAUUGGUUUAGUCGACAAUGAAAUGAUAGAGAAUCUAAUACAGAAGUUGACGCACGGAGGACCAAUAGAUACAGAAAGUGAGAACACAAAGAUGUAAUUAUCUCUUAGUAUUCUUUUAGUAUAUUUUCAUAUAUAUAGAUUAAAAAAAUGUAAUAAACCUAGCCACUUCGUCCAAGUAAGUAUAGUUUGACGCCUUAUCUGUCAAUUUGUAGAGAAAAUAUGAUAUUUUGAGUUGCUUCGUCUGAGCAAGAAGCUCUCUUUCCUCCUAAGGCCUUCCUUUUAUCUAAUCGUACCAAGAUAAGCGUUGCUGGUCAACCUUUUCAAUAUAUUUACGUUUUAUAGUGAUACAACGAUCACUUAUUACAAUAUAUAUAUA